AUGUAUCUUCUAUGUAUUUUUUUCUCCUGUAUUGUUUUAUUUCAAACAAAUGUUUUUGCUGAAUUAAGUUCAAGUUCUUGUACUCUACUUCGUACAGCUAAUAGUUUGACAACAAUUGUACCGGAAAUAGCUCAACUUGCUAUGCGUUUUUAUCGUGCUUCAUCAUUGAUAUCUAAUCAACAUCAUCGACAAAAACGUUUCUUAUCAAAUGGAAAUAUUGGAAAAAGUAGUAGUUCUGGUAAUGUUAAAGGUACUGUAGUUGAACAAAUAAUGGCUAAUACAUUUCGUGAUGUUAAUUUUACUAAUGUUGCAAUAUUAAUGUUAAAUAAUAAUGAAACAAUGAAUAAAAUUCGACAAAAUAUUGAUAAUGAUGCAAUUAUUCGUAUAAUAAUGCGUGAAAUUGAUUAUGAAAAAUUAGGUAAAGGCCUAUGGUCUACAUUUGAAAGUAAAUUUAAUUUAGAAGAUUUUAUUACAAAUCUUAUUAAUAUAACUCAACUUGAUGUAAUUCAUCAUGAACUUCUUUCAAAUGGUACAUUACCUGAAUGGUUAUUAAAAAAUCUAAAUCCAAAUUUAAAUAUUCAAAUAAUCGAAAGAAUAUUUU